AUGGGUUGGUGGUGGAGCUCCGCCCCUAAAGAGGGCCAGUCUUCCACGCCUGCUGCCUCCAGUUCUCCUGCUUCACAACCCCCUCCAGAGACCACCUCCGCACCUUCACAACCACCGCAACCCCGGACUCUCACCCGCGAGGAGCAGGCCGACGCAGAAUGGAAGACGCUGAUCGCCAGCCUGGAGAGCGAUAUCAGUGGUCAAAAGCAGCAGCAGCAGCAGACACCAUCUGCUGGUAAUUCCACUUCAUCCGAUUCCGCAUCAUCCCCAUCCAAUUCCGCCGAUCCUCAAGCACCUCCCUCGUCCAUUGCCCCCGAAUCCCUAUACGAUGAUACCAUGUCCUGUCGCUCCGCAUUCGACUAUGCCUUUUUCUGCCAGUCCUUCGGAGGCCAGUUUGUCAACGUCUACCGCUAUGGUGAGCUGCGGUCCUGCAGCGAACACUGGGACAACUUCUGGAUGUGCAUGAAGACCCGCACGUUACCGGAUCAGCAGCGCCGGAAGGCAAUCCGCGAUCACAACCGGAAGAAAGCCAUCAAGUACAAGACAGGGCCCAGCAGCGAAGACGUGUGGGACGUGCGGACAGAGCCGGUGCAGAAUGCGUUCUCCGGGGAUUUCGCGGCCCUGGAACGGGAAAUGCAGGCAGAG